CUGAUGAUUAAUUAUAGAUUUCCCACUUAUCUUGUGGUUCGACACCGCAUAUAAGCCGCAGACAGAAUAAUGAUAGUUGGAAAUCUGCUCAGCUGCGGGACUGCAGAAAUUUUUUACGAUGGUGCUGCGAGUGAUGGCGAAGUGUGUCCUCUUCACAAUAUUGUCAAGCUUAUUUUUUCUCAGUGCAAGUUAUGGUGAGCCAGAAGUUACGAUUCUUCAGGGUAACCUGCUGGGCACGACUAUGACCACCAGAAAGAAUCGAAGCAUUAGUGCUUUCCUUGGGAUUCCGUAUGGCCAGCCACCGAUUGGAAAUCUCAGAUUUGCGAACCCCGUGGAAGCUAUAGCUUGGAACGGGACUCGGAAUGCCACUAGAGAUGGAAGCACAUGUCCCCAGGCAUUGGGCGGCAUAUCUGGCAGCGAGGAUUGUCUGUACCUCAACGUUUACACACCACAGCUUCCGAUGAACACAAGCACUCUGCUUCCAGUGAUGGUUUUCAUCCAUGGAGGAGCAUUUAUAUACGGCAGUUCAAGCUCUGCCACUUUCUCGCCAGACUACCUUUUGGAUUCUGAUAUCGUGCUCGCCCUACCGAACUAUCGACUCGGGGCCCUAGGAUUUCUGAGUACUGGCAACGAAGUAGCGGCUGGGAAUUGGGGGCUGAAAGACCAGAUCCUGGCCCUUAAGUGGGUGCAAAACAACAUUGAAUUCUUUGGCGGUGAUCCCAAUCAAGUCACACUUUUUGGACAAAGUGCUGGCAGCGCUUCAGUUCAUCUCUUGUCACUCUCGAAAGCGACGGAAGGACUAUUCCAUAGAUACAUAACGCAGAGUGGAUCGGCUCUGUCGAGUUGGGCCCAUUUGCCCAGUGCAUCAUACGCGAGCCGUGCUUUUCAGCUCGGUGGCUUCGUUGGCUGUGACAACGAAACCUCGAGUGCCUUGAUCGAGUGUUUGCGGACCGUGAAUGCCUCGGAUAUCGUUGCCUCAGCGUCAAAAUUCUACGUGUGGGAAUCGGUCCCAGUUGUUGUGUGGGGCCCGACUGACGAGCCAGACAUCGAAGGCGCGGUGCUCACCGACAGUCCCAAAAACUUGUUUGCCCAGCAUGAAUUUCGCGAUUUACCUUGGAUUGCAGGCAUAGUUCGAGACGAAGGGAUCUUGAUGACUGGAGAGUUUUACAACGACGAGGAAAAGUUUCGCGACUUUUGUGAUAACUUCGAUCUUGUGCUACCCGAGAUGUUGACCUGGAUCUAUCAGACAGACUUAGGAGCUGCUUGGGUCAAGGCUGUCAAAACGUACUACUUCAACGACGAUUUUACAACAAACUCAACUGAGCUGCUCACGAACAUGACUCGUCUUGUUGGCGACGCCAUCUUCAUCUAUCCAACCUUGGAUGCACUCCAACAGCAGCUCCCUCUGGCUGAGAAGAACCAGUACUUUUACAUGUUCAAUUACCGAGGAACCUACAGUCUCGAUGCGGGAGUACCCGACGCCGUUGUGCACACGGACGAUGUCAUCUAUCUCUUUCCAAUGAGGUCAUUUUUCGGAGGUGGAAAUUUGAGCGACACUGAUUACGAAAUGGUGGACAACAUGGUGCAACUCUGGACAUCGUUCGCGAUCAAUGGGACGCCAACGACCUUGGCUUCUGAGGGAAGCGUCACGUGGACUGAGUACUCGACGAUGGACAAUUAUCUACUAAUAGGCAAUCAGUCUGAAGUUACACUUUCGAUGGAGUACUCUCUCUUUGAAGAACGUAUGGAGUUUUGGGCCAGUUUGGUCCAUGGUUCCGAGACAUCUGCAGCUACAUUGGCGAACACCUCGACCGGAAUCUUGGUUCUUUUAUUUAUUUGCUCAAAGCUCAUGUAGU